ACAUGGCACUUUGAGAACAUGCUGUUGAUAAGAAAGAUCAUAAAAGGACAUGACAAACACGACAGCUGUCGGUGGUAAACCUUGUGUUUUCAUUUGCAGACAAACCUGUGCGAUAUUCAUGACUACAGAACUAAUUAGAUAGUACUAUUCUACAGUUAAAAGUAGCCCAAGUGUUUUCAUUUGCAGACAAACCUAUGCUAUAUAGACAUGACCAAAGAGCUGUUUGGAUAUUAUUGUAUUCUACAGUUAAAAUGUUUUGUUUCAUAUUUGCGAAGUACAGUGCGAGCUGUUAGCCCAUGUGUGUCUAGGGAACAAUAGUAUUCAGAUGUGCCCGUACCAAUGUGAUGAGUACAAAGAAAAGGAAUUUCCUCAAAACAUUGUUUAAAUAACUUUAAUCAGAGUCUGUUGGGUAUUGAACUCAGUCUAGGGAUGCAUGUAAUCACAGCAUGGAUCAGCACAGUUUUUAAGCAGUGGCUACUGGGUAUCAAACUCCGGGGAUCCAGACCAGGCCAUACAUUCAGCAGUGUUUGACAGAUGUUUUAAACAGUGGCUACUGGGUACCAAACUCGACAGACAUACAUUCAGCAGUGUUUGACAGAUGUUUUAAGCAGUGGCUACUGGGUAUCAAACACCGGGGAUCCAGACCAGACAGCCAUACAUUCAGAAGUGUUUGACAGAUGUUUUAGGCAGUGGCUACUGGGUAUCAAACUCAGGGGAUCCAGACCAGACAGCCAUACAUUUAGCAGUGUUUGACAGAUGUUUGAGAAAGUUAUUAGCCCUCACAGAAGAUUUGGCUAGUAUAAUAGUGUGAACCCAAAAUUCAUUAGCCGAGACUAAGAGCUGGUGGAUUAGACUUAUCAAAUCUUGCAUACAAAAUAAUUUAAUAAAUUACUUAAUUUUGUUUCUGUUGGAGAUAACACUUUGUUGGAAAAAUGCUAAUACCCAAAAUGAUGAUAUAUAGAAGAAAGGUUUCACAAGUGAUGAUAGCAGUGCUUAUUGUUUGUAUUGUAAUAUAUGUGUUACUUCCUGUUUAUUUGUUAAAAAAGAUGAACAAUUUCGAAAUGUAUAAGCUAACUGAAGAACGAUCAUUUUAUCAUCUAUAUCCAUUGUUAAAAAACAAUACCAGUAUAUCUAUGAUGAGUUGUAAGGAAAAGACCAAUUUUGUUUUUAUAAAAUGUAUGAAGUGUGCCACAGAAACUCUUGGAACAGUGUUUCGCCGGUUCGGUUAUGUACGUAACUUAACAUUCGUCACUCCUGUUGGGAAGAAACUUUAUUUGGGUUGGCCAUUUCAAAUGACAAAAUCUGAUUACCGACCUUCAAAACGACCUUUCAAUAUUAUCAUGGAACACUCUAUUUAUAACAAAACUGUCAUGGAAGCCUUGAUGCCGGCUGAUACUCUUUACAUAACCAUUAUUCGUGAACCGUACAGUCAUUUCAAAUCUGUGUUUACAUAUUUUAAUUUGAAAAAUAUUGCCAAAGUGAGUAGUAAUGACCCAUUUACCGAAUAUUUACAUCAUAUUGGUAAAUAUGAACAAAUAUAUCAAAGGCACGAGGCCUCAUCUACUAGGUACUGUAUUCCCGACAACUUUUCCAUGACCAAAAAUUUGUUGUCUCACUGCAUUGGAAUGUCGUUAGGUUUUCCAGCAGGAACACAGAACAUUACUUCAGAUGCUGAUGCUGUAGAAAGGUAUAUUCAACAAAUUGACAAAGACUUCUCUCUUGUCAUGAUUGUUGAAUAUUUCCAUGAAUCUCUCAUUCUUUUUAAACGCAUCAUGUGUUGGACUUUCAAAGAUAUUAUUUAUUGGAAUGCAAAUGUUGCAAAUUAUGUGAAGAAGUUUGAUCCUCAUUCUGAUGAAAAUGUUAAGAUUUAUCAGAAGUGGAGUUCAGUAGAUUACAAACUUUAUGACCAUUUUAACAAGACCUUGUGGAAAAGGAUUCAUGCUCAAACACCUGAUUUUUUCAGUGAAGUUCAAUACUUUACUACCGUCCAGGAAAAUGUUGUGAAGUUCUGUUUGAAACCAGAUUUAAAAAAGCUUGUAUUUAAUAAAACUGUAUGGCAUGAACAGUUUGAAUUCAGCACAGAAGGCUGUAAGAUGUUAAAACAAAAGCUGUUAGAAGCUAUUCAAAAGAGACAUGAUGAACAGGAUCAUAAUUCUGUGCCUCCCACUAGGAAACCAGGUGAUCGAUAUGUGCCUUUGUGUUAAUUGAUAGAAUUGCUAAUUGUUACCUUUACCAAUAUUUCAGUUUAUAUCAAAAAGAAAUAUUUCCAAAUCAGCUAGAUUUACUUUAUUUGUUAUUUAAGACUAAAUCUCAGUUUAUAGAGAUAUUUAAGAAUUGACCACAAGACUUGUACCCUCUUUCCAUCAACACGAUCUCGCCUGUAAUUCCAUGCAUGAGUUUAUUGAUAUUGUGCAUAUGCACAAUGCCUUUUCCACAUAUGCAUUUCUGUACACGUGCAAUGAGCACAUGGAAAAAAAAAAAGGUGAUUGAUGAGUGAUAUUUCCACGCACAAAUGUGUUGCGAAGUGGUGUAACGCAAAGUGUUUACUAACAGCUUAAAAAUACACUUCAGUGAUGUCAAAUUUUAUAUAAUAACCCACUUACAAAAAUGUUGAUAUGAGCCGUCACACGCGAACACCUACAACUUAGCAUAACGCCAGAAACCGAGUAAAUGCAGCUCAAAGUUUGAUGUCACAUAUAAACGCAGAAGUAAAAGUUGACAUGCUGUUUGCGUUGUUUGUUUUGAAGAAUUUAGAAGAUGACAUCUUCUUUACAUGAAGAUCAGUUUGAAGUAAACAUAUUUCUGUAUUCUGACGUCAUAUAACCGUAAAUAAAAUGUGUUGAGUGCGUUGUUAAAUAAAAACAUUUCUUUUUUAUUUCUGUAUGUUCAAUAGUGUUUGGUUACUAUUUUGUAUUUUGUACCGGAAAACAUCGGUCGAGAUCGUUAGCAAUACCAUCAGUACUUUCAUACACAUUUACAAGCAUAGGGAGAAGUCCUAUAUAUUGAUAUGGUAUGCAAGUAUCACACGUUUUUAUAACGUACAUGUUUAUACAUAACAUAAAGUUCAACAACUUUUCCAGAAGUUAAAUACAAUAUUCAUCAGUUAGGCCAAAUAUCAAAUUAGGAUCGUAUCGGGUUGCAUGGGUCUACCAUUCGGUUAGGCCUACUUGUUUUGUGGACUGCAAUCAACACCACUAUUAUAUAAUAACCCAGUUACAAAAAUUUUGAUAUAUAAAAAUGCACCGUUGCUGAUAAAACGUUGCCAAAAUUGCAUUAAUGUAAAGCAGGAUUUAGUGGGUUUUUUUUUUUUUUUUAAAUUCAUGCAAAUAUCAACUGAAUAAAAAGAAAAGCAGGCAAACUGCUGUGCACACAGUAUGACUCAGCAUAGAGAAAUUCAUUAAGAGGGGUUUAUAAUGAUCAUAUUGAACAGGUCACCAUUCUGUACAGGUUGCUGUUUAGCUAGUUUCUGAUAUUGGAUGGAUCUAUAGAUGGCUGGAUGGAACAGGUGAAUGAACUGUUAAGAAUCACCUGAGCCCAUAAAAGUAUUGUUAUAGUCACAGCUGUCGGCUUAUUUUUGCAUUCAUUUUUGACAAAUAUAUUCUUCACAACAAAAAUAAAACUGUAUAUGUAUUUUUCAUUGACGACAGUUGAUCAAUGUGGCAACAGACAUCAACCUAUUGGGGACGUCAAAAUAAAGUGCAUUCAAAUGAAAUCUACAUGUACAUGAUCACAUUUGAGUUUUUAUCUAAUUAAAUCAUAUCUACUAAUGUAUCAGUGAUUUUUAUUUCAUUGUUUAAACAGUGCCGAUAAUUAACAAAUUCAUGUGUGUUGUGAUAUACACGAUUCAGAGUAUCAUAAUACUCUUGCAUGUUGUGAAUGAGACUUGAUUGGAAAUGAUGUUUUUUAGAAGAAAAUCUUCACAAGUAACGACUGCAGUGCUGAUUCUGUGUGUGAUAUAUCUGUUGUUUUCCAUGUUCUUGUUUCGAAAGAUUAACAGUUUCUACAAGCAAAGUGAAAAAGACAGAGGAAUGGUCUAUUCCCAGAAUUCAUCUUUAAGAAUUUUAAGUGAUACUUCUAGAAGGACUUGCCAAGAACACACCAAUUUUACUUUUAUAAAAUGUUUCAAGUGUGCCACAGAAACUCUCGGAACUGUGUUUUGCCGGUUCGGUUACGUACUUAAUUUAACAUUCGUCAUGCACUCCUGUUGGCAGCAGAUUAUCUCUGGGUUGGUCGUUUCAAAUAACAAGAUUUGAUUACUGUCCUUUGAAACGACCUUUCAAUAUUAUCGUGGAACAUUCUAUUUAUAACAAAACUGUCAUGGCUGAUACUCUUUACAUAACCAUUAUCCGUGAACCUUACAGUCAUUUCAUGUCUGUGUUUAACUACAUGUACAAUAGGUUGAAAACAAUUGUGAGUAGUGAUGAUCCUGUUACUGAAUAUUUUCAUCACAUUAACAAAUGUGAAUUGAAUUAAAAAAGUCAUACUGUGUCAUCUACAAGACUGUGUACCUGAUAACUCUCCCAUUAAUAAAAAUUAGUUGUCU